AUGGCUGUCGCUCAGGUCAACGGCAACAUCGAGGGCUCUGCUGCCCCUCAAUCUGCUUUCCUCCAGCACCUCCUCAACUAUCCCCUCAUCUCCGACAGCGUCAACACCGUCUCCAGCACCGUGCAUUCCAACAGCUACGCCCAGCGCUCCCUCAAGCUUGGUGACUCGGCCUAUAAGACCUUUGCCGCGCCCUUCCUGCCCUACUUCUCCAAACCCUACCAGUACGUCUCGCCGUACGUGCAGCGCGCCGACUCCCUCGGCGACAAGACCCUUGCCCGCAUCGACGAGACCUUCCCCAUCGUCAAGAAGCCCACUGCCGAGCUCUACAGCGACGCCAAGGCUCUCGUCUUCCUGCCCUACAACAAGGGCCUCGAGGGCCGCGACCACGUCUUCGAAGUCUACAACGCCGAGGCGAAGAAGCAGGCUGAGAAGGGCUACCUGGGACAGGGCAAGGCCGCCGUCGCCACCUUGUUCCAGGUCAGCAACGAGACGCUCGCUUUCGCCAGCAGCUACGUCGCUGUCAAGAAGGCCGAAGUCACCCAGGAGGUUAAGGAGAAGAUCAACCAUGCUUGCCGGUUGUUGAUUGGUACCCGUCUUUCUGUUGUGGCUACCCUCUUUUGCAGCUGCCGCUUGUCUGCAACAAACUCUGGUCUUUGGCUGGCGCGGUCUGGAAAACAUGACUUCUUGGCUCGAAAACAGGCGCACAACGCAUUCGGUCUAUUUGUUCUUACUGUUUUCAAAUUGCAUGAAAUGGCGAUGACUUGGAUGACGCAAUAA